GCCGCCUCUUGCCGUACAGCGUUGUGGCGCGGCGGUGCUGAGCGGACGGGCGCCGCUGACGGGAAAUGAAAAUUUAGAAAGGGAUUUGCCAAAUAAAGAAGAUGGGAGCAAAUAGCAGCAGCAUCAGUGAGCUUCCAGAAAACGAGUACUUAAAAAAAUUAUCAGGAGCAGAGCCCAUCUCCGAGAAUGACCCGUUCUGGAAUCAGCUGCUGUCUUUUAGCUUUACCACUCCAACAAACAGUGCUGACUUAAAGCUCUUGGAAGAAGCCACAAUCUCAGUCUGCAAGUCUUUAGCUGAGAAGAAUCCUCGAACAGGAAACCUUGGGUCGUUGAUUAAAGUCUUUCUUUCUAGAACCAAAGAGUUAAAAAUUUCAGCAGAAUGUCAGAAUCACCUCUUUAUUUGGCAGGCUCACAAUGCACUCUUUAUUAUUUGCUGUUUGCUGAAAGUAUUCAUCAGUCAAAUGUCAGAAGAGGAGCUGCAACUUCAUUUUACUUAUGAAGACAAAGCACCAGGCUCAUAUGGAACAGAGUGUGAAGACCUCAUAGAAGAGUUGCUGUGUUGCCUCAUCCAGCUCAUUGUUGAAAUUCCCCUCUUAGAUAUUACAUACAGCAUUUCCUUGGAAGCUGUGACAACUCUCAUCGUCUUCCUCUCCUGCCAAUUAUUCCACAAAGAAAUUCUACGAGAGAGCAUCAUUCACAAAUACCUGAUGCAUGGUCGAUGUCUCCCGUAUACCAGCAGACUUGUGAAAACUUUACUAUAUAAUUUCAUUAGACAAGAAAGAAGCCCUCCUCCAGGGACCCAUGUCUUUCAGCAGCAAACAGAUGGAGGAGGACUACUUUACGGAAUUGCAUCUGGGGUGGCAACUGGCCUGUGGACAGUCUUCACGCUAGGCGGGGUGGGGAGUAAACCAACGCCGCAGCUGGAGCAGUGCUCCCCUCUAGCUAACCAGAGUCUGCUGCUUCUCCUGGUCUUGGCUAAUCUGACCGAUGCUCCAGAUACGCCGAAUCCCUACAGGCAAGCUAUCAUGUCCUUCAAAAACACACAAGAUAGCACUGCUUUUUCAUCAUCAAAUCCACACGCUUUCCAGAUUAAUUUUAACAGUUUAUACACAGCUUUGUGUGAGCAGCAGAAAUCUGAUCAAGCGACUCUUCUUUUAUACAUGCUUCUGCAUCAAAACGGCAACGUACGGACGUACGUGUUGGCGCGAACGGACAUAGAAAAUCUUGUUCUGCCAAUUCUUGAAAUUCUGUAUCACGUUGAAGAAAGGAAUUCACACCACGUUUACAUGGCUCUUAUCAUUUUGCUGAUCCUUACAGAGGAUGAUGGCUUCAACCGAUCUAUUCAUGAAGUGAUAUUGAAAAAUAUCACUUGGUAUGCUGAGCGUGUCUUAACAGAGAUCUCACUUGGGAGUCUCCUGAUACUAGUCGUGAUAAGAACCAUCCAGUACAACAUGACACGGACAAGGGACAAAUACCUUCAUACAAAUUGUCUGGCAGCCUUAGCAAAUAUGUCAGCACAGUUCCGCUCACUUCAUCAGUAUGCUGCUCAGAGGAUCAUCAGUUAUACCUGCCGCCACUUGCGGAGAUAUGUAUAUGUCUUGGACAAACUGUAUUUCCCCCACUCUCACUGCUCUACGCUGCAGCAUUGCUUCUCGACCCUCAGUGACAAUGGAGAGGAACUCUUGUCUUUAACUUGUUCUCACAUUCUCAGAUCCUAUGCUUCCAGUUUAUUUUCUUUGUUGUCUAAAAAACACAACAAAGUGCUGGAGCAAGCCACGCAGUCCUUAAGAGGUUCCCUCGGUUCAAAUGACUCUCCGCUUCCUGAUUAUGCACAAGACCUGAAUGUGAUCGAGGAAGUGAUCCGAAUGAUGUUGGAGAUCAUCAACUCCUGCCUGACAAAUUCUCUUCAUCACAACCCAAACUUGGUGUACGCGCUGCUUUACAAGCGGGAUCUGUUUGAGCAGUUUCGAACUCACCCUUCCUUCCAGGACAUAAUGCAAAAUAUAGAUCUGGUGAUCAGCUUUUUCAGCUCCCGAUUAGAGCAAGCUGGAGCUGAGCUGUCUGUGGAGCGAGUUCUGGAAAUCAUCAAGCAAGGAGCUGUUGCUUUGCCCAAAGACAGGCUAAGAAAGUUCCCCGAGCUGAAGUUCAAGUACGUGGAGGAGGAGCAGCCCGAGGAGUUCUUCAUCCCCUACGUUUGGUCCUUGGUCUACAACUCCGCCGUGGCCCUGUACUGGAACCCGCACGACAUCCAGCUCUUCACUAUGGACUCCGGCUGAAGGAGAUGCCCCAGCCAAGCCAACUCAACUCCGUCUUCUUACAGAAAACGAAACUCCGCACCGCGUGUUAAUACAUAACCCCUUCCAGUGUGCACCCUCUGACCCCAAAGCUUACGGAGAAUGAAGCUUGCCGCUAGUGUACAGUCCAGCGUCGACGUUUUGGAAGCAGAUUGCCACCGACACGCUGGCAGCAGACUGUGGUGUGAGGAACUGACGGCUUGUAGGCAACCUUGUAUUUAUAGUCCUAUAACCUAGAGCUUGUUUGAUGAAAAUGAGGCCUUACACAUGGGGUAUGAUGUCACUACCAACCACAAACCUGAUUGUUCUUUUAACUUAACGGGGUAAAUGAGGAAAGAGACUGCGGACUUUGAUUUGGAAGCAGCCUUUGUAUUUUCGUUUCUUUCAGGCGAGGCAGCUUCGUUGGGUGAAGCUUUCUAUGGUCUGUUGGAUUCUGCCGUGGGUUGCUCAUUACCUAAUCCCAUGCUUUCGCUCACAGCCCUUCAUUUUGGUGGCACUGUCAAGGCUGCAGUCGUUUAAUUGGUGUCUACACUGUCAUCCGAGUGAACUAAGCAAGCAGCAUAUUAUUCAGAUUAGCUCCCAGGCAGAUUCAAAACACUUGAUUUAGAUGUCAAAAUGUUUGUGGGAGGAUUUUCAAUAGCAAGUCUUUUUUUGUUGUUGUUUGACUGGCAAAUACUCUAUAGAGGGCUAGAAACACCAGCUUUCAGAGUCAGGUCCCUUACAGACUUGUUUUACUGUGCUUCUGUGCAAAAGUUGUUCCUGGAAAUUGAA